CACUGAUUUUUGGGCAACAUCAUUUUAGCAGUUGCGUCGAUGACAAAAACUUUGAGAAACACAGAUGUUUUGUUGUAACACAGUCCCAAGGUGAGGUCAAAGAAAUGACUUAUUAUUCCACGACUAGUGCAUCAUUUGUGCCAUUUAGACUGCAUUCGAUUGUUGAAGAUGUGGAUAAAAACAGGGAUUGUGAUUCAACUCUACAAUUGUCUUGUAAUUUGCCAUCUAGCAUAGAAGCAUUGAAUGUUGUACUACAUAUAUCUGUGCCAUCUACUACUAGAAAGUACUUAUUUGUUAAAUAUUAUAAUCUAGACUUUAUUUUAUAAUCGAAUAACGUCAAUUGUACUUUCAAAAGGAACAUAUAUCUUUGUUUUUCCUCCUGAUUAUUUUAUUUUGCUGAUUAAGUUAAAAUAAUUUAUUUUU